AUUGUUAUUCUGUAUUUUUUGACAAGCUUAAAACUUGAAACUGCAUAGAAAUUGUUUAUAAAUUUUGUAUACUUGAACUAAUUUGUGAAAUAUAAUUAAUUAAAUUUAAGGUUACAGUUUUAUACUUAAUAGCUCAAAAUGGCUUUAGCAAUGCAAAGGAAAGCAAACGUACGUUUGCCCCCUGAAAUCAAUAGGAUUCUCUAUAUAAGAAAUUUACCAUACAAAAUCACUGCUGAAGAAAUGUAUGAUAUUUUUGGAAAAUAUGGAGCCAUAAGACAAAUAAGAGUAGGAAAUACACCUGAAACUCGAGGAACUGCUUUUGUAGUUUACGAAGACAUCUUCGAUGCCAAGAACGCUUGCGAUCAUUUAUCAGGAUUCAACGUUUGUAAUCGAUACCUUGUUGUUUUAUACUAUCAAGCUAGUAAAGCUUUCAAGAAGACUGAUAUUGAAAAGAAACAAGAGGAAAUUGACAAAAUGAAAUCAAAAUAUGGAAUUAAUACAUAAGUUUAAUUGAUAUCAUAAUGUACAUAGGCAAAAAAAUUAAUUAAAACGAGUUUUAUACUUUU